CCCUGCUGUUUCUGACUGAAUUAGUCGUUGUUUAACCACGGAACCGAACGCAGUGAAGCUACCGACGUGUUCGCAACCGAAAUCUCAUUCGUCGGCAACACCCCCAUUCAUUCCAGAAUGAGUCAUUUCAUUUUUACUGCGUUAUUAACAGUAUGUGCUAUUAUCUGCACUUCAUCCGGCCAGCAGAGGAGUGUUAAUGUGACGGAUGAUGCCUUGUUGGAGAUUAGUAGUCGCUUAUACGCUUUAGAUGUGAAUGGAGCCUAUGAUCAACUAGAACUCAACCUUCAAAGCAGAACGUCUUCAGGCAACCGAGUCGACAAAGCGCCACUACCAUUAUUUAAAAACGGCAUACCGAAGAAUGUAUUUUCUCGACCGACGUACGCUAAAAUGUUGGCGCUGUUCGACAACUAUCUGGCAUCCGUUAAUGAGACCGAACAGGUAACGCCUCAGGAGAAGGCCGAAGAGGCUGCUUUCUUCGACGCAGUAUUUGCAACAGAAAUCAUUAAAGCAACUCAUAAAUUCCUAGUCGCCCAGCGGCUGGCAGAAUCCAAUGUUGAACGCUUCAAAGAACAACUGAGGAACAUUUGGUUCGGUCUUUAUCAGAGGGCACCCGGCAAGCAAGGAUCUUCUGGUUUUGAACACGUUUUCCUCGGCGAAUUUAAAAAUGGCAUUUCAGGGCUGCAUUCUUGGGUGCGAUUUGUUACUGAAGAAGCUAAAGGAGAUAUUAACUAUUUGGGUUACGCAAGGACGAUGUCUAUCGGCAAGGGUCCUGUAGGGCUUAUAGAAAUGCCAAUGAAAUUUCAAGGUAUAUUCAAACCCCACUCAACACUGAUGAUUGGAAGUAGUCCAGAACUUGAAAUUGCAUUGUAUAGCAUUUGUUUCUUAACGAGACCAGAUUCGCUUUGUCCAAUUAAAGGCGACGCUGCUAGUGGGAUUUCUACUCGAUAUCAAAUUCAAACAUUUGUAUCCAAGUUUCAGGGUAGGCGUUUUUUGGGAUCAGCGUUUCCUACCUUUUAACAGUUAAUCUGAAGAAGUGGUUUUCGGAUUGUUGGCACAGUGCAUAUUUACUUAGGAAAGCGA